AUGGCCUGCAGAGCUGACACUGAUCUCCUAUGUCAGAGUUAUGAAUUCACAGUUUUGGAUGGAUCUUCUCACCACGUGAAAGACUCUGAGCCUGAUGUAGUCCCUGAUGCAACUCUGCAAGUUGAAGGAGAAAACUUUUAUGUCAACCGUCAACAGCUUGCCCUCCUGAGUCCAUACUUUAGGGCUCUGUUUUUUGGAUGUGGUUUGGAGAGCCGCAGAAGAAAAGUGGUGAUCAAAGGUGUGAGUCUGCAGUACUUCAGUGUGUUGAUGGACUACAGCAGGACCUGCAGCCUUGUUUUGAGCAGAGAAAAUGUUCUGGGGAUCCUUGAGACUGCAGACUUUUUACAACUGGACGGAGCCCGGCUGCUGUGCUGCAAGUUCCUGGAACGUGAACUGCACCUCAGUAACUGUCUCGGGAUGAUGGCUUAUGCAUGGACGCUGGGCUGCUCUCAGCUCUACAGGGCAGCUCGACAGGUGACACUCACACAUUUCUCUGCUGUUGUAGCUGAAGAGGACUUCCUGUUAUUGUCCAAGGAGAACAUAGCUAAUCUUCUUGCAAGUGAUGACCUGGCCAUCUUUAAGGAUGAUCUUGCUGUUGAGGCCACCCUACGAUGGGUAUCAUUUGACCCUAAACGGGAGGAACAUUUCAUGGAGCUCAUUGAGCUGGUAAGGCCUGAGUCACUCUCUUUGCCAUUUCUCACUGAACUUUUGACCAGAAUGAAAAGCUCUGACCCCAGAGCAAAGCUCAUCUGCAAGCUGAACGAACAUUUCCCAGCAUCUUGGUCAAAGGGCAGGUCACUAAAAAGAAGCAGGGCCAGGGAGACCCUUUUUGUCCUGGGGGGACCCCACGAUCAGGAGCAACAGGCACUUUAUCAGUUUCACCCACAAAGUGGGCGAUGGCAGAACUGUGCACCUCUGCAGAGGAAGAACCUCACACAGUACUCAGUGGCUGCUGUAGGUAAGGGUUGAAUGAUGUGAAUGUUGAUGGAGGUGAUGAUGAAGAUAAAAACAACAAUAAAACUUUGUUCGUAUAUGAAAUAUGAUUUGUUUUUUAUCUUUGAAUCUCCUGUCUUUUUUUUAUCCCUUCCUUUUUUGUAGGGGACAAUGUAGUUGUGACAGGUGGCUACUUCAGGGAUGUUUUGUGGUUUAGCGUGGACUGGGUCAAGAUCUACGAAUGUGGAAACCAGCGCUGGAUAGAUGGGCCAGCUCUUCAGAAGUCCAGGCACAGCCACUGCUCCACUGGGCUGGAUUCUGUGCUGUAUGUCUUGGGUGGCAGCAUGGAUGAGGGGCUUGUGGCUGAUGUAGAGAUGCUGGUCCUGGGGUCAGAGAAGGGGUGGGAGGGGGUCAGCCCCAUGUUGACGGCUGUUGAGAGGGCAGCCGUUGCUACCCUGAACUUAUGUAUCUAUGUGGCGUGUGGCCUGGAUGAAAAUGGGGAGGUGUUUGGAGGAAUUCAAAGGUAUGUGGUGAAAGAGGAUCAGUGGGAUGUGAUCUCCUAUUCCCCAUUUCCACGGUGAGUGGUUUCAACAGGUGCAGCAAAAUAUUGCAUUUCUUUUUGAUUAUUUAACUUUUUUUUCAUUGUAAACAUUCUUUAUAUAGCUUCAUUUUUCAUCCUCUAUUGUCAGGUUUUUAAUGACAAUUCCCACCCCUUUUCCCAGAUAUGACUUGGUUGCCACGGAACUCAACGGUGCCCUCUACCUGUUUGGAGGCCAAGCUUUGCGUUUUGACGUGGAGACAGAUGAAUGGACCUUAAUUGAGGAGGAUUGUCUGGACCGAAAGUUCUUUUCCGGCUGCACUACAGUCAGUGGACAGAUAUAUCUGGUCAGUGAGAAGAAAGGUAACAAAGCAUUCCCAAACAUGGUGCUGAUGGACCCUUACAUUGACACCUGCAUUGAAGUGGAUGAUACCAUCCCCUGCUCUGUCCCCCUCAGAGGAUGUGUCACAGUGAGAAUGGCUACAUAA